CCAGUCCCUCAAAGCAAAACUCUUGCAGGGCAGAUAUGGCAUUCCGUACUCCCCAAAUGGAAGAUGGACAAAGCACAUCGUUCGACCUAAAAGCUCCUCAUUUCUUCAAGAUCAUCCUCCACUCCACGAUUCAGAGCGGAAAACUAGUUAUACCGAAGAAAUUUGUUAGGAAAUAUGGAGCAGAGCUGUCCAAGUCUAAUGUUGUGCGCCUCAAGGUUCCAAGCGGUGAUGCCUGGGAGGUGGAGCUGAGGAGAGAGGACGGUGCUGUUUGGCUGGAAAAUGGGUGGAUGGACUUCGUGAACUUCUACUCCGUCAAACACGGGGACUUCCUCGUGUUCUGGUACAAGUCACGAAGCUCUAAUGAGUUCGAUGUGGUCCUGUUUGAUAAGAGUGCCACAGAGAUCGAAUACCCGUUGAGAUCUCAGGCAACUUUGUCUCCGAUCAAGGUAGAGGAAAUCAAUGAUGAUGAGGAUCAUGUUAUCCCAAGUGAAAUGAUGGAAGAUCUUGGGUCAUCUUCGAGGAUUACUAGAAGAACAAGUCAUCUCCUGACCGGAAAUGAUUCCACUGAUAAAAACUAUGUGCCCUCAAAAACACUCGUAGGCGCCAAGAAAGUUAAAGCACUUGAAAGAGCAAAAAUGUUCAAAUCUUCAAAUCCAUAUUUUCCAGUCGUAAUGCAGCCUUACUAUGUUCAUCCACCCUAUGAAUUGAAUGUGCCAGGACGAUUCGUACAAAGAUAUAUGGACCACAAGGGGAGUAGUCAACUGAAGCUUUAUGUCUCCGGGGACAAAAUAUGGACUGUCAGGUGCAAAUCCGGAGUGCGGAGAGGACAAGUAAAAGCCAAAGUUCUUGGACGUGGUUGGAAGGCAUUUGUAGUUGACAAUGGCUUAGUUCUCGGAGAUGUUUGUGUCUUCGAAUCAAUCAGAGGUCUCAGAAGUAUUUCAUUCAAGGUCACUAUUUUCAGAGCACCUCAACCGGCAAAGUCCUGCACUGUACAAUUACAAGGUGAGGCUGCUUUUUCCAGGCAGGAGGGUGACUCAGGAGCUAAAUUUGAGGGUAAAGAGAAGGAUUCUUCUCUUGACAUGAAACAAGGUUAAUAAUGCAGAUUUUGCACGUUUUUUUGCAACUCCAGCUGUAGUUGGGGUCGUCUUGUGGAUGGAAAUGUUAAUGGAUUCAACAAUGUUUAAGGCUCUCGGUUCAAUUUGAACUUUGUCGACAUUGAUUAGCUAUUUGUGUCUCUGUAUAUAGGCAUGCCUUUUCUCCUAAAUUGGUUUCUACGAUUUGUAGUACAAAAGAACAAGAAGAAGAAUGCAAUAUGCAAUGAAUUUCAACCUGCCUGUUUAUUUAUUUCUGAGCAUCCGUUCUUCCAAAUGGCAAUGAAGAAGAGUUAUUUCUCUUCUCAGUUCCUCGUAUGGUCUUCUCAAUCGCAAGCAAACAUGAUGUUAUUAUUUUUCACUUGGGUCAUUUAUAUGCAUUAGGGUAUCUGAUAUAGAAUAUCCCAAUGUAAGGCCAUCCAGAAAUAUAUAUGUUGUACCGGUGUAUACAUCACUGUAUUUCUACCAUAGAUAAAAAUAAAACUUACUUGGAAUCUUAAGUAAACUUUCUAGCGUAUUUCUCACAUACAUAGAGUGUCUUCCUUCUAAUUUUUUGUUGCACUGUCUCAAUCCUAUGUUUACAAGUUGGGAUAGAAUCAAUCAAACUGGGCCAAAAAUAUAAUAAUUUGAAGAUAUUGAUCUUAUUUGAGUUUCUUUUUUUUUUUUCCCCCUUGCUGGCACAUUUGAGUCCAAAUUCAUCAAUACAGUGAGAAGAAAAGGAGCUAGCUAGAAUUAUGUUAACACGGAAGACUUUUUGCAUGAUACUUUGUAGUAGUAGUU